AUGAGGGCGGCGCGCGUGCUGCUGCUCCUCCUGCCGCCGCUUCUCCGUCCCGCCGCCCCGAGCUGCCCCGGGCCCUGCGCCUGCGCACUCCCGCGCACCGCCGACUGCUCGGGGCGCGGCCUCUCCAGCGUGCCCCGGGACAUCCCCCCGGACCUGGAGGCCCUGCUCCUCUCCGAUAACCAGCUCACGGACCUCUACGGACAGCUGCCCGAACUGCCGGACCUGCAGAUGCUCGACCUCUCCUCCAAUCAGGUGAAACAACUGGGCCGAGGUCUUAUCUUCCACAACUUGGGCGAGCUACGAACCUUGAACCUCUCCUACAACGACUUCCGGACCGUCUUCAAUGGCGUCUUCCGGGGCAUCCACAAGCUGAGGUUGCUGGCCAUGACUCACGUCCAGAUCAAGUUCAUCGAGGAGCACGUAUUCGACGGUCUCAAGGAGCUGAGGCGACUCCAUCUGUCCCACAACCAGCUCAACGCCAUCUUCCCGGAGUGGUUCCGUGAUUUGGGGCGCCUGGAGGAGCUGAGACUGGAGAACAAUCACAUCUCCUACGUCAACAGCGGGACCUUCUCGGGCCUGGUCGCCCUGAAGAGGCUGUCACUGAGCGGGAACAGAAUCAGGGGCAUCAGCGAACACGCCUUCGACAGUCUCGAGAACCUCACUACGCUCGACCUGGAGGAUAAUCAGCUAGUCAAGGUGCCCUCGGCGUCUUUCAAGGCCACCAAGAGCAUCAAGGUCCUGAAGCUCGGCGGGAACUCGUUCCCGCAACUGCAGACGGGCGACUUCGUGCACCUCUCGCUGGAAGAAGCCUUCGUGGAAAACAUACCCGAGCUGGUGCUCGUGGACAGGGGCGCCUUCUGGGACUUGCCAUACCUGAAGGCGCUCCAUCUGCACCACAAUGCCAAGCUCCGGUUCAUCGACGCCCACGCUUUCAUCAAAGUGCCCAACCUCAGAAUACUGUCUCUGCACGCGAACAACUUGUCCGCCGUCAGCAGGGAAGUGGUGAGAGGCUUCGCGAAACCCGUGCAAGUCAGCCUUUACGAAAACCCGCUGCUGUGCGAUUGCAACGUUAAGUGGAUACACGAGAUGGCGAACGUCAACUCCAACCGGGUGCGAAUUCUGAAGGCGGAGAGGAUGCUGUGCGACCGGCCGCCGAGCCUCCACCGCACCCCCCUGAAAACUCUAAACAGAACGCUCAUUCCCGACAACUGCCCUCCAGUUCUAGUGGGUCCUGCCAAUCUAACGGUCGACAAGAAGAUCGGAGACAAGCACGUGUUCCAAUGCAGGGCCCACGGAAUUCCUGUUCCUAACGUCCACUGGAUUCUGCCCAACGGCGCUGUCCUCAACCAAACGUCCAAUGACAUCCACUUUCAUCUCAACUCUCCCGGUAGCCUAGGUAUCUACCACUUAAAACCCAAAGACUCCGGUACCUACACUUGCCAGGCGGAGAACUUUCUCGGUGAGGCGAUCAGCCUCACCCACCUGACCGUGGAGAACAUCGACAUCAACCUCUUUCCCCUGGGGGUGGCCUCCACGUUCGUGACUGUGGUGUGGAACGGCACCGCCCGGAACGCCUUCCCCGAAUACGAGAUCGUGUACAGGAAGGAGAACGGUGCGAAGAAGGAGUACCAGUCGGUGACCGUCAGCCAGUUCUUCAGGUCCUACACCAUCAACAACUUGGAGCCCCGAAGCAGGUACAAGUUCUGCAUAGGCGUCAAGUCCAAGGAGGACAAGCAAUACGUCCGAUUCUCGUGCAUGUGGGUGCAGACCAGGGACGAGAGUUUCAUGCUCCAGGGCAUCCACCACACGAGCAAUGUGGCGGUGGCGGCCGUCUUGGGCAUCGUCACCACCAUGAGCGUGGUGGUGUGCGUGCUGCUCGUGGUGGCCAGGAAAUAUCGACAGCGGUACUACGACACGCCGGAAAAGUCCCUCGUCAGCAACAUGGCCCAGAUACCGAUGGAAAAUCUGCACAGCCCUCUCGUGUCCCAAGCCGGACUAUAGAGAUUUGCUCAAUAGAUAAAAGAAACACAAAAACGUAGCGUAUACGUUACUCCUGUAUUUCCUUGAGAGCUAUUUGUUAACAUGGCGAAUGCAUGUAACACCAGGAAAAAGUUUACAAGAUGACAUACAAAAA